ACCGACAGUGAACCCACACACUCGAUUGCCAGGCUUUCUGAGACGCCUCUCAUGGGUAAUCGUUUACGAGACGUGAUUGGCUGGUUUGAGUCGCUUGUCCGCAUUGCAGCACAUUUUCCAUCUGGUCUUCGAGUAGACAGCUCCGCACUUGUCAUUGUGACUUUGCCAUGGGCUGCACGUCGAGUAGAGAAGUCUUCCAGCCGAUUCCGGACAGCUACAACUCCGUCGGUGCGUGGCGAAUACCUCGCUUUUUAACUGCGCCAACUCGUUUAAAGUUGUCUUUGCUUGAAACCAAUUGUUCAUACCAGAGGAAGUGCAGAAAGCUCUGCGGUAGGCGACAACGUUUUUUCCGAUGCGGGUUUUUAGGUGUUCUAAAUGUAAUUGGGUGAAUGACAAACUCGCCGUCGUGGUGGCUUAACAGACAAGUGGGGCUGCAGUCGUCUGACCUGAUCAUCGCGGUGGAUUUCACGGAAUCGAAUCUGACGAAGGGAGCGCAAACGUUUGAAGGUCGCUCAUUGCAUUUUGUUGAUAAGACUGGACGCGUGGCAAACCCGUACCAGACCGUCAUCUCGGCAAUCACUCGCGUGUUUGAGCUGUUCGAUGACGACGAUUCAAUCCCAGCCUUUGGUUUCGGUGGCCAUCCUGAACGUCCACUUGAAAAGCGAUAUUUUCCCUUUGUGGAAGGUCGAGGGUGCGAAUUGGAUGAAGUUUUGCAGCAAUAUUUCGCGAUCGCCUCCACCAUGGAGCUCAACGCUUCAGCCAGCUUCGUACCGGUGAUCCACGAAGCAAUCAAGAUGGUCAAGAAGACUCGUCGGUACCACAUCUUGAUUAUUAUCUCCAAUGGACAUAUCGACGACCCUGCCAUGGCCCGACAAGCUAUCGUGGAGGCAUCCGAGUACCCGAUCUCGAUUGUUAUGGUCGGUGUGGGCGACGGUCCUUGGACGAUAAUGAGGGAGUUUGACGACCAGCUCCCUGAGCGUCGUUUCGACAACUUCCAAUUCGUGAACUACAACACCAUUCCUAGAGGAAACCUCAACAAUCCAGACGGAGGUUUUGCUAUGCAGGCACUCAUGGAGAUCCCAGGUACGUCACCGAAUGUGCUUCCAAUGAAGACACUCAUAUUAGUUCUUGUUAGCUCACUAUCUGUGUUACUUUUUGCAGAACAAUACAACCAAAUCCGCGACCUCGGAUUGAUCAAGAACUAGCACGGCUCGGGACUAGCAUGCUCUUAAACGCAUACUGGACGUGAGCUAUCGACUCUGUGAUGUUGAAUUUGCCGACUGAGAUACAAAUGCAUACUUCAGUAUUUUUCAGUGGGUUCCUAUUUUAAAGAUGCCAUCCUUUUUGCUACGUAAUAUGAUCGCUCUUCCACGAAUAUCUGCAACUUAAUGAAAGACAUGUCUUGCUACAUAUGGAUUAGCAGGUAAAAAAAAGCUUAUAGCAGUAGUACGAACGGCAUGAGGACAUU